AUGGCUGAAUCCCAGCUUCACCACCUGGGCAAUGGAUAUGAUCCUGGCCUUUGCAUGUGGACUGGGAAUCUUUCUCUUUUUAUUGCUCCGCCUCCAAGCUGGUCUAGGAGAUCACAGGGAGAACUGGGCCUCAGCCUCUUUUUCUAUAUUGUCUGUCAGCGUGUGAAGGUGAAGAAGGUGCUGUACAGGAACAGGAAAAAGAGUGGAACUCUGAAAGCUUCAGGCAAUCGCCUGAAGAAUCUGAUGGAGAGUCAGAAUCUGAUUUUACUCCUGCAAAGUCUCCUAGGGAAGCUCUGGGACAAGGACAGUGCUCCUCUACUGGUAUCUGAAGAUGUUGCAGGUGAGGUGUUCAUGCAAGAGCCUACUGAAGUUCAAAAGCUACCUCAUCAACAUUUGGGAGAUCCUUCUACCAUCUUACCCCCAUUAGGUUCUCUAGCUCCUCUGACAAAACACACUCUGCCUCUGGCCUCAUCCUUAUCGGAAGAACAUGAACACAAGUCUGACUUGAAUAGAAUCUCACUGGACAUUGUUCCACAGAGCUCCCUUGUAGGUCACUCAUACUGGGCAUCCCUGAUCACAGCCAACUCAGGCGUAGACUGCAUAAGCUAUUCAAUUUCAUUCCUCUCCUGGUGGUGGGAAACUGCAAAGCUCUUAUUUUUCUCUACCUGGGUAAACAAAUCCAAGCAAGAACAUCUUUUCCACCAUCCUUCAGAUUUCACACUCUGGGUAGACACCACAUGUUGGCAGGUAGAGUCUGGAGGCCUCUCUUUCAUCAACUCUGAUGUACAGAUGCUGCUGGAAAUGCUGAUCACCAAAAGAGUGGAACUAAAAGUAUGGAAGAAAAAUUCUAAAAACGGGUCCUCUUUCAAACAAAUGAGUCCAGAUUACACCCUGUAUUCUCUGGGAAACAUGUUGGAGUCACUGGGUAGCAAGAGAGACACCACUGCACAAACCUUCUGGAACACAAAAGAAAAACCAGAGAAGCUUCAUGAUUCUCAGAAUUUCUUUUACAACAAGGUCUUGGGGGGGCCUUUAGAGAAAAAAUACAGCCAACUCUUCUGGGGUCUGCCCUCUCUGCACAGUGAGUCCCUGGUGGCUACUGCCUGGGUCUCUAAGAGGUCCUCUACUGCACAGUGUAAACAUGUAGCAUUCAACAAAGUCUCAGAAUCUCUCUCAGUACAAUAUCAGGAUGAAGAACCUCCACAGCUUUCCCAGGAGGAGCCCUUGGCCCAGGAAGAGGCCCAAUCCCAACUUUUGACACAAAACUUGUCCCCAUCUGUGGCUCUGGGUCAGACUCUGGCUAGCACUUCAUACACUUUUCCAAACAUACCACCUUCUUCAUCCCAGAUUAAGUCUGGCACAACUAGCACUAAAUCUGAAAAGGAGGUACAGUCUUUCCUCCCAACUGAAGAUCAACAUUCAGAAUGUCCCCUACAGAACCGAAGGAAAUGGAAGAAGGUCUUAUUCUCUGAGAUCAAAAAGACUCUGGAAGUCAUUAACCAGCCAGCUCUCAACCUUCCCCAGGGAAGCCGGGCCUCCCAAAUUUCUAACUCUGUCUCUAUAGUUGCUGGGGAUUCUGCCAGCCAGGAGCUAGAGAACAGACUCCAGCAACAUAUUCAAGGGGAGUUAAUCAGUGAUCAACCACAGCUAGACAUUCACUGUAGAUUUCUAGCAUCUCAGGAACAAAUGCAUCCUCAGGAUAAAUUUCCAGGGAAGAGUCAGUGCCAGAAAAAUAACAAGCCUGGCUCUUCGCAGCCUAGCCAGUCAGCACUUACUGACAAUGAUCUGCAGAAGAUGGAGCAGCCCAGCCAGUCAGCACUUGCUGGUAAUGAUUUGCAGAAGAUGGAGACUAAACACUCUGAAAGACUCUCUACAAUGGGCUCUGUAACAUUCAAACUAGAUUUCUCAAACAAGGGUCUAGAACCAGAACUCCAGAAGGAGCCAGUAGAUUUAUCCUGGAGCUCAGGAAGCACCUCAGGGAAGGCUCAGAAUGAUAAGAAGGAGGUUUCAGAAAGUUAUUUGAGGAGGACUAGGAAGGGUAUUUCACAAAGUGACUUAUCUACAGGCCUAGAAAAGAAAAUUGUGGAAAAAAUCCUGCAAGACCAUCUGAGCAGAAAGUUAGUGCAGAUCAAGGAGGAUAUGUUCCCUGUGUGUGUGCGUGGAUCCUGGCUUGCUGCCUACUGUACUCUUCCAAAGUACACAAAACCCAUCUCUCUAGCUUCCUCCAAGUACCAGCAAUCCUAUUCUGCUAUUUCCUCCUCAGCCUCCAGUGACUACAGAGCCAUUUCCAUUGCCAAAAUUGGCAGUCUCCUGGAAGAACUUCCUCAGAAAAGUGUGGGAAAGAGGGUAAUAAGAAAAAUUUCAUUUCCCACUUUACAGAAUCCUCUUCCUGCACCCUCACCUUCAGAGGUACAGAGAACCAUGCAAGGAACCCCACUGGGUGGCAGUCAGAGGACCUCAGAUGCCUGUAUGCCUUCUCGAACCUAUAGCCAUCUGCACAUAAACCAACAAAGUAGAGUUAUAAGGAGGAUUGGAAAAGCUAGCCUGGAGCCCAAUCCAAGCCUCGAUAUGACCAGGAUUGAGACACAGAAAGAGACUAAGGAUGUGGCCUCAGGAGACCCAUGUUCUGGUGUGACAAUGCUGGAAGUUAAAGUAGGGACCCAAUCAUCAACAGCUGGAAAGACCAAGGAGCUAGAUGUGGAGAAGAAAUCGUGUGAAUGGGAAGUGACAGUGGGAGCCUCUGUGAUGGCAAACUCUGAAACCAUCAAUGUGAAUGUGAAGAACAUAGGGUCUCUUGGAAACAUGAAUAGCCCCUCUCCUUCUAGAAUUUCUAUUUCACAAGAUUCAGGAGACCAAAUCCUGAAAGAAAAUAUAGGUAAUGUUGUUCAGCUCAAAGUGGAGUUUGAGUCAGAGGAGCAACCCCAAGACAUGGUCACUGGAGUGCUGCAAGACUGCCACACUAAUGAGCUCUCCACCACAGAUAUUUUACCAUCUCAAGUGUCCCUGUCCAACUCCAAGAGCUUUUUCAAGAUUCACAAGUCAAUUUCCCAAGCUCUAUGUGAUGAUGACAUGAAGGCAGGGAGCAGCCAGGAGCAGGAAGAAUCCAAAGUCACAAAUGUUGAGGUUCCUGGAAAGGAAGACACUGAAAGGAUUUGUAUAAAUGAAAGCCAAGAGAGCUUUGGGAGGUCCAUACCAAAAGAGGAGGAAGAAAUUUCCCAAGACAGUGGGUUGAGCCCUUCUGACAAAGUCCAGGAAAUAAACACUACUUUAAGCAAGUCCUUCCCUUGCCUUCCAGAAAAGGGACAGAAUCCUCCAGUAAGCUAUAGUAAUAUCAAAAUGAGGGACUUUAUGGAGUCUUUUAACAAUCAUCAAAAAGGAAAAGGGAAGGAAAAUUCCCUGAAUAAAGUCAACCCCCUGACAGCUACCACCCAUACCCAGAAAUUAGCCAAAAGACAAAUAUCCAAAGAGAGUGUAGUGGUUGAACCCAAGGCCCUCAUAACAGUUGUAGGACAGAUCCUGAUGGAUAAGCUGGGACUUGAACGUAGAAGUGGUCCAACAGAGGUAUAUGGGCAUAAAGAGGAACCCCCGACCCUAUUGGGUAGGCAAUUCUGUCAACCUAGGGGUUCUUCAUACCCAGAUAAAAGACAAAUGUUUAGAGAGAUUGCCUCUGGUCCCCAAGCCAGCCCCAAUGUCCACAGCCCCAAGAACAAGUGGAUCAGAGACAAUAAUUGGACCUUCAAGUCUAGGAAUAUUGAGCCUCAAGCCACCCCCUUCCAGCUAAGACCAAUUGGGGUGAGCACUUUGAGCCACCUUCACCAUUACCCAACAUGUUUUUUUCAAAAUGGUGAUGUGCAUGGUCAACCAGGUCUUGUUUACCAUGAGUUUCCUGGUGAAAAACCUUUCAGGAAAUAUUGA